AUGGAAUUUCUACUGUCUGAGCAAAAGGUGAUCUUCGCGGAAGAUCAAUUCCCAGAUGAUGCGAUUGAGUUUUUAACAUCCAGAAUCAGUGAAUUGGGAGGAAAAGUGAUAACAUCUCGAGCGGAAUCCACGAUUCUACUAGUCAACCCUUCCCAUCCCACAUACAAGAAAGAAUUAGAACGAAUAAUAGAUCUACGACGAACAUAUCCUCACAUUUCUCAACCGUUUAUUCACCCUUAUCAUUGGAUAAACAAUGUAUAUCAACAAAAGACACUAAUCAAGAUAGAAGAUCUGUCAGUAAUCUCACCUAUAUUUACAUAUCCCUCAUCUUUUGAGAAUUAUCGACCUAUCAGAGCGUGGGUUUCCGUUAAUGUAUCACGAGAACAAGAUGAAACACCAGAAGCCGCCCGUGAUUCCUUACUGGAGAAAUUGGAAUGUGCAGGUGCAAUCGGUGUGGGUAAGAGAGCUCAGGCCGAUCUAUUGGUAGUGGAUGAAUCAUCUGAAUUCGCUAAGAAAGUUCAUGGUGAAAAGAGAAAACAUGAUAGACAUUGGCAAAAAAUCGUUGAAAGAGAUUGGGUUGAUAAUUGUCUGAGAGAAAGAAAAUUAUCUUGGAGAUUAACACCACAGCAAUUGCAAGAGAGAGGUGAUGAAGAAGACAAUGAAAGUUUCUUAGGGGAUGAUACACCUACCAACGAAGGUAAAGGUCCAGGCAGACCGACUGGAAAACCAAGGGUGGAGUACACACCGCAAGACGAUGAUUUCCUCUGUCGGUAUCUGGCUGCACAUAAUCCAGAUGGUUCAUGGGGAAGUAGAAAGACAUAUCAUAAUUUGGCUGCUACAUCAGCUCAAUAUCCAAUUGCUGAACGGCAUUCUGCUCAAUCAUGGCACGAACGAUACAAGAAGAACUCUGUGUCAUUCGAGAAGAGAGUUAAAGCGUUUAUUAAAGAAGGUGUCAACGGUACCUUGAAAACAAAAGCUGAGAGGGAGAAAGCCAGAUUAGCCAAAAUAUCUUCUCAAGCACAAAUCCAGGAUAGAGCGGAUGACAUCACAGCGGAGAACCAAAACGAAGCUGGACCUUCACGCGUCGAUACCGCUGAUGCAACGGAAGAAACAACAUCUUCACGACAAGAUCGAGUUGGAAAAAGAAAACUUGUAGAAUCAGAUGAUGAGUCAUUACCUCCAGCGAAUACAGCGCGAGAAAACCAACAACCUACUACUGUAACUGUCGAUGAGCAAAGGCAAGAUCUAUUAGAAAUUGCCUCAGGGCGACAGCAAGCUGAUCAGCUUGUCGAGAAGCCUCAAAAUGCAAUACCGACCGAUGAAUCUCGAGUCAUCGAAAAUAACGAUUACGGCACGGUCAAUCUACCGCCUUCCACCAAUACCGACAUGAUACCGCAGCAACAACCAGUCACCUCUGAUAUCAUUCUGGAAGCUGGUGGAUCUUCUUCUGAUGUCGGUGGGAAAUUUGCUUCGCUUGAGCCCGAAAUGCAACGUGAUCAAUCUCAGCCUGUUAUUCACACUCAACCAGAAUUGCCACCUCUUGCAACUGAUAUGGAAGCGCCUGCUCGUAAUGAUGAUAUAGCUGAGGAAUCUCUCACUGAUCUCCUUCCUUCCGCAAGUCAAUUACCCACCAUAACCACAUCUAUCGAAAACAUAGGAGAUCGAACGAUGGAUACAGAUAUGGUAGAACGGGAUCUACUAGACGCUGAAUCUCCCAGAGAAGACGACAUGUCUCAAGCGCAACAAACUGCCUCUCAAGCCGUGACUGAUACAGCUGACGAUGAUGAAGAGAGUCAGAGAGGAGAAGCUACCCAAGCUAUUUUGGCUGAUUUCGCUAAAGCCCAAGCUGAGGCUCAAAUAAGCGCUUCGGGAAUCAUACCAGUGGAACAACAUGAUAGACCUCCAAAAUCUGUUAGAUUAGACGAGGAAGCGGAAGUUCGAAUCAUAACUCCAAAUUCUGAAGAACAGUCUUUACCUGUUUCUAAGCAACAACCCAUCUCACCUCGGCCACAAUCCCCUCAACCAGUAGAAAUAUCAUCGGGACAUCCUGUUUCGACAUCUACAGAAGCUACGAGCACCAAGCAAUUGUCACAAGCUAAACAUACGGCGCCAUCUGCUCUCGCUUCGAUGGAAGAUACACCAGUGUCCAAUGAUGUUCCAGCGGUCAAUACCUUAGCUCCCACAGUGGAAAUUGAUGAUCCCGUGGUCCCAUCUACGAUGGAAACGAUCACGAAGAGGCAAGUCAAUGUUCAGCCUACCACUGCUAUCGAAUCGGGAAUAUCUUCAACCACACCCAAGCCUCGAUCAGCAGCUAAUCCGUCCACACCUUCACCCGACUCGAAGAUGCCAAAUAAGAAACCACGACAUUCAACAUUGUAUGAUCAUUUACUAGCAUCGCAAAGUAAACGUCGACGAACACUUGAUCGAAUGUCAGCUGGUGCCGCUGAUAGGAGUAUCGGUCGAGGUCAAAGCAUCGGAAGGGUUGAACCAGAUAUGGUGUUUAGGGAGACAUCAAUCCCACCUCGUCCAGAAAGAGUCACGCCGUCCUUAUCGCCUGCACCUUUACCCAUACCUAUUUCCAAUCGAUCAAAUAGACCACCGUCUCCAGUCUUAAGUCAAAAGGAAAGAAAUGAACGAGCUAUAAGAGGAAAAGAGUUGAUACAGAAGUCUAUCGAAGAAUAUAAAGCACGAAUAUCAAAUUUGGCAACUCGAUAUAACAUGACCAAUUCACAAGUGGUCAAAUGGAUAAAUGAGGGUGGGCAUAAAGGUAAAGGCGGUGGUGAACGUUAUUGGGAUGAAGUUGAGAAGAGUCUAAGAGCACAACGUGGUUGA